AUGGAUCUGCCUUAUUACCACGGCGCUCUGUCCAAGAAGGCCUGCGAGGGCCUGCUGCUCACGCCGCGGGCCGACGGCAACUUCCUGCUGCGGGACAGCGAGUCCAUGCCCGGUGCCCUGUGCCUCUGCGUCUCGUUUAAGAAUGUCGUCUACACGUACCGCAUCUUCAGAGAGAAGUACGGGCAGUACCGCAUACAGACCGUGGAGGGUGCUCCGAAAGAGACCUUUUCCACCCUGAGGGAGCUGGUCUCCAAAUUCAAGAAACCGAAUCAAGGACUAGUGUUUCCCCUUCGAACCCCGAUCGAGAGGGCCAGGCCCCGCUGGAGGCAGAGGAGCUCGAACGUGGACGUGGACGAGGACAAGGACUACGAGAACUGCAGCAACGAUUACGUGACGGUCCUGCCCUGA